UCUUCUGGAAAAUAAUGAUUAUCGGUAAUUUGCCACACGGAAAAUGAAAUUUUUUUUUCCUAAAAUUUGGACUUUUUUGCUACAGUAAACUAUAUUAGUUACUGGCAUAUAACGCUACCCGUUAACUUUUUUUUGACGAAAGCGGAGAAAAUAAGAUUUUACCUUCAUGCUCCUCAGUCAAAGAAAGAAAAGGCACUUCGACGGCUUUUUUUUUAAGUAGAAACGGACAAUGUGUGUGAAGUCGCCUGAUGUGUUUGAGUUAACGGCAGCGUGGACUGGACAAUGAUGCUAACCUGUUUCUCUGGACACAGUAGUAACUCGAGUGCUGAGCAGCCGGGCGUCGGCGGUGCCACUGUGCUCCUGGCCGCCUUAAUGAUGACCCUGGUGGUCGUGGUGGUCGUGGGAAACGCACUGGUCAUCUUUGCCUUCGUCGUGGACAAGAGCCUCCGAAAUCAGAGCAACUACUUCUUCCUUAAUUUGGCUAUAUCUGAUUUUCUAGUCGGAGCGUUCUGUAUCCCCGUGUACAUGCCCUACAUCUUGACAGGACGAUGGAUGCUGGGCCGUGGUCUCUGCAAGCUGUGGCUCGUGAUGGACUAUUUGCUCUGUACUGCCUCCGUCUUCAACAUUGUCUUAAUCAGCUACGACCGCUUCCUGUCUGUCACCAGAGCUGUGAGGUACAGAGCACAGCAGGGUAUGACUCGGCUUGCUGUGGGAAAGAUGCUGGUUGUGUGGCUGCUGGCUUUCCUCCUCUACGGCCCGGCCAUAAUCUUCUGGGAGGACAUAGCUGGCGAGAGCAUCGUUCCCGCCCACGAGUGCUUUGCGGAAUUCUAUUGCACGUGGUACUUUCUACUUAGCGCAUCUACCUUUGAGUUCUUCUCACCGUUCAUCUCUGUGACCUUCUUCAACCUUAGCAUCUACCUCAACAUCCAGCGGCGGAACAAGAGCCGCGCAGCUCAGCGGGGCGCGGAGAAGGAGGACGGCUGGAGGGUGGUAGAUGGCGGCGCAUCACCCUCGUCCGCAGUCUUCUUUGUCAGGACACGCAAGGUUUCCUCCAGCGAACCAGCAACCGUUUCGGCGGUUAUUGAGGAGGACAUGGAGAUUUCUCCGUCCUCCAGCGGAGACCCCAGCUGCAGCCACUCAGUGUCUCUCUCCCUGAAGACAGUCACUAAGAAGAAAGGAGCAUUGAGCUGCUGGUUAAAGACACGCAUGAUCCAGUCACAGGCACCCUUGAGGAACGGGGAGCAUUCACGUCUCUCACGGGACAAGAAGAUCGCCAAAUCUUUAGCAGUAAUAGUGUGCGUUUUUGGAGUUUGCUGGGCUCCGUACACCUUGCUCAUGAUCAUUCGAGCAGCCUGUAGCGGCACGUGCAUAGAACAUCACUGGUAUGAAGUCACUUUCUGGCUCCUCUGGCUUAAUUCAGCCAUCAACCCUUUCCUGUACCCACUGUGUCACAGCAGUUUUCGCAGGGCUUUCGCUAAGAUCCUUUGCCCCAAACGUCAGUCUGUCGGGCCACAUGAGGAAACUCCAUCCUGUCAGUGACAACAGACAUGAUUUCACACACUCGGAGAUUGUCACUGGGGAUUAUGUGUGAAUGUUGAAGCAGCAGCCUGUAACUCGUGUCUAAGAAGAAAAAAAAAUCAGUGAAACCACAGGCAGCUUAACCAUGCUAAGUAAAAGUUUUUUCUUUUAAAAAUUUCCAAUAUAGAAAUUAGCCUUUUUUUGUUGUUGGAAAGAUAAACGGAAAUAACAGUAAAUGUAAUGCAUGAGCAUGUACAGUCCAUUCCAUCAUCUUCUAAAUUCUCCUCCUUAAGGAUGAUGUGCAUUCAGCUACACAGAGUUUAGAGUGUAAUAAUGUAAAGGAAGGCAGAGAACAAAAGUUUCUAGAGAUCUCUGUGUCCCUUUGCAGCACUUCGAAUGUUGUCUGGUGUCAUUUCUGAAUGUGAGACAAACUGGUGUUAGUUUUGUCAUUUUUAAGGAAUGUGACUCGUUUUCACAGGUCUGAGUUAUAAUUUGCGAGGACAUCUGAACUUAAGCAAAUGUUCUGUUGUUUUAAUCUGUCAUUUUAACAAUGACAAAUGUGUUCACGAUUCGAAUGUCUGGACCCACACAUGGUGUGUGAUUGAAUUGUUGGCACUUAAACAAUGAAAUGUUAGAGAAAAAAAAAAUUUUUUUUUUUUUUUAAAGGUAAUUUAAAGGGUAAAACUGUAAACAAUCCUUGUACAUCAUUCUAUUCAUUUUGCUUCUCAAAUGAUUUGUUGUUUGCAUAAAUAAAAGUAACAGUUUAAAAUGCCAUGCUGUAACACAUGCACUCCAGGUCUGUCAAUUGUAAACACUUAGCCCUAAUGUGUAGUUAUUCUUAGUGCACACUGGCACACUAAAGCGUUACUGAUCCACUCUGCACUGUCUUAAAAGCUUGAUUUUAAGUUAAACAUUCAUAAGUCUGCGUUAAACAGCUAUUUCUACAUUAAUGCCAUGCAUUAAAGAAAGCAGAAUGAGGUAAAAAAAACAAAGGCAGAUAGUAAAGUUAUUUAUGUGAAACAUUUUAUACUUUACAUAAAAUAGCAGGCAUCGCGGUGGUAAAGUGGUUAACACUGUGGCCUCACACCUCCAGGGCCUUGUGUGUGGAGUCUGCAUGUUCUCUCUGUGCACUCUGGGGUUUCCUCCCACAGUCCAAAAACAUGUGGAUUCACAAAUGGCCUAUUGGUACCCGACCUUGUGCCCCAAGUCUCCUGGAAUAAACUCCCGGUCCCCUGUGACCCUGUACAGGAUAAGCGGUAUAGAACAUGAACGAAUAACAGAGGAUUCUGCUUAAUACAGCUUAUAUUAAUAAUAUUGGUUAUAUUAACUCAUGAUGGAAUUAUAACAUUCAAAACAGGAUUCAAAGUAAGCUUCUCUCUUUUAUUUUAAUGAGAUAUUCCCAAAGUGCGAGGUCAGCAAGAAAUCCCAUAAGAAGCUAAAAGAUGUUUACUGAACUUAUAUGACAUAAUCAAGGAGAUAAAACCCAGGAGAUAUAAGAAGAAUAUUAAUUAGGCCAGAUUUCUAAGUAGGUAUCUGACCUGUAGAGUCUUAAAAAAAUUUUGCCACUAAGAUGAUUAUCACAGCCACAGCAUGGUGCUAAGUGCGGUGCUAUUAUUUAUUAUUUGAUUGCAAUUUUUUUGUGUCUUUGACGAUGACAUAGGCCUGCUACUAAUAUCCUGUCUUCAUAACGUAGCUACAAAUCAGACGUAGCUAGUGCACAUCUUCACAGUCACAUUAGUAUUCUCUUGUUUGAAGGACCAGACAGAAAGAGACUCAUUAAAGAGCUGGGACCACGUUAUAGCGUUGAUCCGCUUCCACUCAAAGCUCUGCUGCAAUCCAAAACAUGGCAGAGCGAUCCAGAGCCUGAGGGCAAAGCCAAUGAGACACAUGCAGUAACACUUAUUUAAGAGUGUUAUCUCUCCAACACUGCAACUUCACUAGUCUGAGAGCAUAACAAACAGCGCU